AUGGACUCGACCGCGGCGGACAGCAUGGCGCACCAGUCGUACUGCGAGAACCUGUUUGGAAAGGCGGCCGCCACCGUUCAUGCGACGUUUACAUACGACGAACUGGUCCUCCAAAUCUCGCCCCUCGCUCUGGUUCUGGCCCUGUCGCCCUUUUUCCUGCGUCACUACUCCCAGGCGCCAGUGUACUUGCGCCACCUCCCAUUUCCGCGCCUGAAACUGUUUGCCGCCGGCUCCCUCAUCUGUCUCGAAUUCUCCAACGUCCUUCUCCGCCGUAUGCGACUCGAUCCCCAAGCAGAUGCCAUGGUCGCCGCAGCCCUGAUCGAUCUGGUUGCUGCACUCACCAUAGGCAUCAUCCUCUACAUCGAGCAGGGCCACGGAAUUCGCGCCUCCUCGCUGCUUCCUUUAUACGUAUUUCUCGGAUGCAUCAUGGACGCUGCCAAAUGCCACCUUUUUUACUUGGAUCAAGGGCUGUCCUCAGCUUCGGCCAUUGCUGCGGCGGCUGGUUUUUUUCGACUCAUUGUCCUAUUCCUCGAGAUAUUUCCAAGGAAGCUACUUGUCGUCAACGAGAAUGCUGCCUUGGUGGCAGCAGACGAAACUCUGCGAGAAGAGAAGAGGCGCCGUGCCUGGUUUGUGUUUCCAACGCUCACCAUUUCCAGGCAGCUUCGCAUUACCAUCGAAAACGGCAAUCUCAUGCCCAUUGCUCCCGAAUUCGCAUCCGACCGCUUAUACCACAAGCUCAAGAGCUAUUGGCAGCUGAGUGACGAAGUCAAGGAAAAGAUGGAAAAGACGCGACGCACAGCCCAAAUCGACGGCAAAGAAGCACCGCACCUCGAAUGCGAGAGCCUCAUGGCGACGUGUUAUACAGUUUGGGAAACUGAGUUGCGACGAAUUCUGGUCCCGCGCUUCUUUUUUGCCGUGUGCACGUUCAGCCAGCCCUUCAUUUUGAAAGCAGUCAUCGAUGUUGUGGGCCAAGAGCAGGUUUCGCUCACGCGCAAAGCUUGCUUGAUCGCUGCUACUGUUGGAGUUUUUGUUGGCAUGGCCAUUGCCAAAUCAUCGUAUACGCACAUGAACUAUCUAAUGGUCACACGCUUACGGGGAAGCUUGAUUACACAAAUCAUCGAAAAGACUCACCGUAUCUCGUACAAGGACGCGCGUGAAUCCGCUACAGUCUCUCUCAUGAGCACUUCCAUUGAUGGCAUUGCUGCCGCACUGCCCAGAGCUGUGGAGUUUCCAAUCAUAUGCUGUGAGACCUGUUUUGGAAUAUAUACACUUUCAUUCUUUAUUGGAAACUCGAGCUUCCUCGUGGCUGUCCCGGUCUUGGUCUCCAACAUAAUUUCGUGGUUCUGGGGCUUCGCGACCGAACCAGCACUUUCCGCAUGCAACAAGAGUGCCGAAACUCGGGUAUCAAUGACUACUUCCGUUAUCUAUCAGCUCGGUGCAAUUAAGAUGAUGGGUCUCGGCCCUACUAUUGUGCAUCUUCUUCAGCGCUUACGACAGGAAGAGGUAAAAUUGUCAAAGACAUACCGAAACCUCGAGACGGUCACUUUCCCAUUGGCUCAAAUAGCGAGCCUAAUGACGCCCGUCUGGAUCGUUAGCAAGGCACUCUCAAGAGAGGAAUAUGCCGGUGGUGUCCCCGCGAAUGUAAUUUUUCCUAUUCUCGCACUUGUCGCGGCCAUCCAGGGCCCUCUUGGUCGGCUCCUCGACAUGCACUCUACCAUAUCAUCUCUCAGCAGCCGUUUCGAGGGGAUUCAGAAAUUCUUAUGCUUGCCAGAAAGAGACGAGUACCGCUAUAUCAAGAAUAAGCACGCUCCCAAGCAUCGACGCAUUCCGCCGAGGCACCAGCAAUUUGUGCAGCCCGUUGAAAUGGUUGACGUCGAUAUUGCCCCUCCUGGCGUACGGCAGCCUGUCCUUUUCCGUGUCGACUUUUCAUUAGUACAAGGGUCAAUCACGGCCAUAGUCGGCUCUCCUGGCACUGGAAAGAGCACCUUGCUGCAUGGCAUGCUCGGUGAGGCUUCGCUUGUCGAGGGUGCCAUCUGUGUCCAGAACGAAGACAUGGCUAUUUGUGGCCAAGUGACCUGGCUGCAGGAUGUUUCAAUCUUGGACAACAUCAUCGGUCCUCUGCCUUACAACGCCAAUUUCUUCAGAAGGGUGGUCGGCUGCUGUCUGCUUGAGAAUGAUCUGGCUCACCUCCCUGGCGGAGCUGACUACAUUGUUGGCCUUGGCGGCAGAAAUCUGAGCACCGGACAGCGCCAGAGAAUCGGCAUCGCGCGGACAGUGUACGCACGCACUGCAGUGAUGCUGUUCGACGACCCCUUUGGCUCUCUUGACCGAAAGACGGCAGUGUCCAUCAUCUUUCACCUGUUUGGCGCAAGUGGUUUGCUGAGAGAAAUGGGUAUUACCGUGGCUUUAGUAUCGUAUUUGCGCGAGAGCCUUGACGUCUCUGAUAGAGUCCUACUUCUUGACGGUCGCGGUUACGCCUCUCUCGAGGAUCAGCCAUUCCAGACUCCCUCAUUUGCGGCCUCUGUGAAGAACGUGCUCGACUCCGCGCCUGAGAGUCCUUCAGAAGAAGUCGAAUAUGCCGAAAGGGAAGCCAUACGCCGCUCCUUGGAGUUUGAAAGGCAGUCGUCUUGUGUUUUCGGAGGGGGAGCAGUCGCUACUCAGCCUAUUCCGACACCACUGUCCACCCUUUAUAUCAAGCCUAUUGGGUACUUGCCUGUCGCAUUAUACGCAUUGCUCGUAUUUUGCCUCUCUCUUGGAGAGCAGUUCCCUAAUAUCUACCUCCGAGAUUGGUUCAACUCUGGUUCAAAGGACAACGGCUUCUUCAUAUGUUAUGCCUCUGUGGCUGGCGGUACAUGCUUGGUUGGCACACUCUCGUACUGGCUGCUGUAUGUUAAACUUGCCCCACGGGCAUCGCUUGAACUGCAUAAGAAGCUCGUGAAUACCAUUGCCGGUUCAACGCUCGCCUAUCUGGGCGUCGUCAACAUGGGGUCCGUCUUGACCCUGUUUGACCAAGAUGCUGUCGUGUUUUCGCGACAAUUGCCUUUUUAUUCCAUGAGAACCGCAUACGCCGUCUUCUCCAUUAUCAUCAAAACCUCCAUCAUUAUAUCUGGCGCGUCCUAUUUCGUCGCCAUCCUCCCGCUCCUUGUGCUUGCGCUAUAUCGUCUUCAGCGCUUCUAUUCCAAGACAUCCCGCCAGCUGCGCAAUCUAGAUGUCGAGGCAAAGGCACCUUUAUUCAAGCGCUUUGAAGAGACCGCCGAUGGCAUCAUGUACAUGCGCGCUUUCCGCUGGCUCAAGGCCGACACUGAGAUCAGUUUUGGGCUUUUAAAUGUUAGCCAAAGAGCAUUCUACUAUCUCUACUACUUCCAGCAGUGGCUGGUAGUCGUAAUAGGACUACUAACUAGCAGUAUCGCAGUCUGCUUCGUUUCAUAUGUGGUAUUUUUCCCCAAUGCCACCACAGAAGCAGCUAUCGGUCUGUCGCUGCUUACUCUGUCCCAAUUCGGCUGGACACUUGAAAGACUUUUUGAAGUCGCCACGCUUCUUGAGACAUCCACUGGCGCGCUUGAAAGGCUAAGUACCUUUCUACAGAGAACUCCGCAAGAGCCGGAGCGGGAGGUCACAGUCGCACCGCCGCUGUGGCCUUCGGCGGGGAAUAUCGAGAUUGUGGACGUGACGGCCACUUAUGAGCCGAAUUCGGACACGCCACCUGCGCUGCGACAUCUGUCCCUCUUCAUUGAGCCUGGGCAGCGGGUCGGCUUGACCGGCUCUUCUGGCAGCGGCAAGACGUCGGUGCUCAAUGCCAUUCUCGGCUUCGUCGAAUACACCGGGACGAUCAAGAUUGACGGCGUCGAUCUCGCGACGCUGUCAAGAGACGAGAUUCGAUCCCGCCUCGUCACAAUCUCGGAAGAACAGGUCCACCUCGACGCCUCGAUCCGCGUCAACCUCCUCCCCUUUACCAUGAACCAGGCGGCGAGCACGGAUCCCGUGCAGCGGCAGAUUGAGCAAGACGAGGCCGCGCAGCGCGACGGGGCGCUCGAGGACAUGCUGCGCCGCUUUGGCCUCUGGCCACCGCUGCAGCGCAAAGAGGGCCUCGACACGCUGCUCGACGAUGCGGGCUACGCACCUGCCGAGAUGCAGCUCGUGUGCAUUGCGCGCGCGAUUCUGCGGCAACGCGCGACGCGCAGCAAGGUCGUGCUCGUCGACGAGGUGACGAGCGGCGUCGACUUUUGGCGGCAGGGCUUUGUGCAGGACAUCAUGCGCGAGUCGUUCCCGGGAUGCACCAUGCUGGUAGCGGCGCGCAGGGAGGAGUCGAUUCUGGAUGUCAGUGUGGUUCUGGAGAUGGCACACGGCGUCAUCAUGCAUGCUGCGCGGAGAGAUCUGUAA